AAAAAUUAUACAUAUAUAUAUAUAUAUUGUAUUACCUAAUAAUAAUAAUAAUAAUAAUAAUCACGAUGAUGAUGAUGAUGGUCAUGACGAUGAAGACGCUGCUACUGCUUGUAAAGGGCCCGCCGUUUCCUAGUCUGAGUCACAUACAUCUCGGACUCUCUUUUUCUAAAUUUGCUAUAAAUAGGCUUCGUGUAGCCAUACCAUGCACAAAAGCAUUCAAGGCAACUCUUUACCUCCAAUCUUAACAUCUUUCUCAUCAUUUCUCUAAAUUCACUUCCAAACUAUCCCAAAAUGUCAACUAAUGGCAUAGAAGCUCCAGUACCAGAGUCCGGUAAUGAAGUCGAGAACAAGGGUAUUGUUGAUGCACUGUACAAGGCAUUAGUACAGGGUCGAAUGGAUAGAGUGGCUAACCUCCUGGCGACUGACCUAGAGUGGUGGUUCCAUGGACCUCCACGAUGCCAGCACAUGAUGAGGGUGCUCACUGGGGAAGCGAGCCACAUCGAGUUCAGGUUCGAGCCAAGAAGCAUAGAAGUAGUGGGAGAUUGUGUGAUUGCAGAGGGCUGGGAAGGUGCACAAGCAUAUUGGGUCCAUGUAUGGACAUUAAAAGAUGGCCUUAUUACACAGUUUAGAGAGUACUUCAACACAUGGCUAACUGUUAAGGACAUGAGUCCGCAACAACGUUGGGAAAUUGGGCGUGAAAGCAGCCAUACCUUGUGGCAAAGCCAACCUAGAGAUCUUUUUAACCGUUCAUUACCUGGUCUUCUUCUGGCUAUCUAGAAAUAGCGGUAACACCGAUGGUUGGUUGGUGGGUGGGUGGGCUGGAAAUGGGACCUAUUUGUACAACUCUAAAAUGCUAAAAUCUUUUAUAGUUUACAUCUAUCUGUCUCAGAGCCAGCUUCAGUUGCAUUGGGUUAACUUAACUCUACUCUGUUGGUAUCCUCAGUUCAAACACAUGGGUAACUAAGCAUGCGAAUGGUGUGGUGUUUGUUUCUGCAAUAAUUAGACAAUCAAAUCAAAUAGUGAGUUCAUGUAUAUCUCAUGUUAUUUAGUGUCUAUAAUUUUGUUUACUUGCAA